CCUAAGGCAACUAGCUCGAGCAUCUCUCUCACCACCAAAGACCACUGAAAAAAAUCAGGAGAUCGAGAAACGCAAACUUCCCAUUCAUCAAUGGAAACAAGAUCUGCCGCUGCCAAGAAGAAAAAGCUUUUCUUCUGCAAAGAAAAUGAACACAGCCCCGAUCACCACAACAAUAUUGACCGCAUCACCGAACUCCCCGACGCCGUUCUCCACCACAUCCUCUUCCUCCUCCCCAUCAAAACCGUCGCGCAAACCAGCGUCUUGUCAAAAAGGUGGCGUUCGCUCUGGUCGUCCUUCCCCGACCUCGACUUCACAACCCUAAACCCAUUUCCGAAACCAUGUUCCUCAUCCAAGUCACAUUCUCUGAAUUGCAAAGAGUCCGACUUUAUCACUCAGGUCCUCAACAACCGAGACAAGCACUCCGAUAUUCGGAUUCUCCGGUUCCGGGCCCGGCUGAGCUUUUCACGUCUCAACGGUCUGAUUCGGCUCGCAAUCAGACACAAGGUGCAGGUGCUCGACGUGGAGGUUUUCACAGAGGAUUACUUCAACUUCCCUAGAUGUGUCAUCGCCAGCGACUCAUUAAGGGUUUUCAAGUUAAAGUCCCGGAGACCCGGUUUCCGGUUGCCACCUUCUUCUGUAAUGACAAGCGGUUUCCGAUCUCUUCAGUCUUUAUCGCUUUCCCGGAUCAGUCUAUGCAACCAGCCCUCUCUCUCCGAUAUGUUCUCCGAGUCGUCCUUCCUUCUGCUCAAGAAACUGAGCCUCGACACGUGUUUUGGGUUGAAGCAUCUUAGGGUUGGGUGCCGUGCUCUGCAAGACUUAACCCUAGAGAACUGUUUCGAGCUGCAAGGGCUGGAUGUUUCGGGUUCGAAGUUGGAGAGGUUGCGGAUAGCGAAAUGUUUUGAUGGGUACAUUGAGAAGAGUUGGGUGAAGAUUGAUGCGCCGAGGCUUGGAGUGGUUUUGUGGGAACACAAUGCUCUUAGUGAUAAUAUCUGUAUAGAGAAUCUGAGUUACUUGCAUAAGGCCUCCAUUGGUUUGCUCCAUGAAGAUAUUAGUGUUGCAAAGCUUCAAAGUGUGUCCAAUCUUUUUUCGGCUCUCUCUCUUGCACAUUGCUUGACACUCGAAAGCAAUUGUAUUGAGAUUCUAUCAAACAACAAUUAUUUUGCAGUUUAUUUGCAUCAGUUUAGCAAUCUGAAAUCUUUGGAGUUGCACACGGGUUUCAAGAAGAACAAUGUCCCUGGAUUAGCAUCCAUAUUCAGGAGUUGUCCUAUGCUUCACACUUUGAUUCUCAACAUUAUUAACGAUUUCAAAACUGAAAGGAGACAAUGGAACAAGGAUUUGUGGGAAAUGUCUAACUCAGAGGAAGAGAAAUACUGGGAAUCCCAAACCCUAAACUUGAAGUUGUUCUUGCAUCACCUUAAGAUAGUGAAGAUUCUUGGGUUUUUAGAGUGCGAGAAUGAAGUGAGCCUGGCAAAGUUCUUGCUCAAACAUGGAAAGGCCUUGGAAGAAAUGAUUUUGUCCACCGGGCACUGCAAAGCUAGACACUCUCUUCAGAGACAAAAGAUUAGGUCACAGAUGAUGGGAUUUUCUUGGGCUUCUUCUAAUGCUAAAAUUACAUUUCACUAAGCUUGCUAUCUGGUUUGUACUGCUACCGUGCAUUCUCU